ACAUACCGGCUCGCGGAGGGAAAUACAGCAACAAGGAACUCGAGAAAAGCGUCAAUCACGCGUGCUAAUCUUGAUAGCAAAAGCGUGUGUAGCAGAUUACAGGAUUUUAGGAUGCCGUACGUUGUGUUGAAAAAGAAGAAACUUGAUCUUGUGGAGGGCCAGGAAGAUGUGAUGGUGGUACCAGAUAUCUGGGUUCAGGAAAACCGAGAGCAUAAGGAGGCCUUUGUUUUUUUACCUGUGGCAGACUGCGAUACGGUAAAAACGUACUUGGAAAAACAGAUCACGCCGUUGCAGGGAUGGGAGAAACAUGAAUGCGACAUACUGUGUAGAGGAAUUCCCAACUUAAUAGCAGCCUAUAAAACUAUCGAUAAGCUGCAGAAUGUUGGAAGCGUGAAUGUCUUUUUGGAAGAAUACCGUAUUCCUCGCCCGAAGCGUCUGAAACCGGCGGAGAACGUUGUGGAAGAAGAUGAGCAAAGGGUAUUCCCAAUCUUUAAAGCGGGCCAAGAAAGCGAGGAUCCUUUUGGAGCUAUAAUACCACCUUUAGAAUUGUCGUUAGUAUCGGACUCGGAAGAUGUGCCAUUCGAUGAGAUAGACGCUGCUGUAACCUCACGGGAAAAUGUAGCUGAACCGAUUGCUCCAAGUACGAGCAACACAUUGCACCAAACGGAGCAAAGGAACGAUGCGCUCGUUGCUAAUUUGACCGUAACUCCAGAUUCGAGUCGUAAUAUUGAGACUCGUUCUUCUAACACAACUUCGUUCCAACCUUGUAGAUCUUCCAACAAAUGCAGCAGAUCAUCAAACAAAAGGGUUUUUAGUGUUGCUCGACGGAAUGACGAAGCUGCGUCGAGUGAUGAUGAUGCACCAAGUAACGGCAGUACACCGUGUGAUGAUGAUGCAGCGAGUUGGUAUUCUUACACAAACGUGCGAUCGAAAAGAGUUAGAUCCACCUGCUCAUUCACCAAGCCACCGGAAGAUGGUGAACAGAUUGCAGGGUUGUUUGAUCUGAUGUAUGAACUGAAGAGUAUGAUGAGUAGCAAUCAGGAAGAGAUGAAGAAACAUAUACGUGAAAGUUUUGCUCAAAUGUAUAAACACAUGGCGAAACUGAUCAAACAAAAUAUUCAACUACAAAUGCAACAACUCGUACCUAGGGCGUCGAACAACAGACCACAGGUGAUAAGUAAACCUGGUUUGAAUGUAAUAACAUUCCCAAAGCUUAUGGUAAUAGAAGAUGUGAAACGCUUCGAUGAGCAGCUACUAGAUGCAGAAUUUCGAAAGCGUAUUCAUAACCUGAUAGAUAACGCCCUUAAAAAUGAGACCGAUCAAAUGACACGCCUGAAAAUAGCGCUGUAUCUAAUAUUCGAUCGGCCGCUCUUUGAUCGGUUCAAUUGGGGAGGAGGAAUUGAAAAAAUUGCGUUGGAAAAAUACAAAAAUGUUAUCGAAUUAUUAGAAUACAGCGGGACCACACCUAAGCGUCGUAUGACUACAUUGAAAGUGGUACAGUUUAUUCAGUCCGAAUUUGCUAAUACUCAAAGGUUGAAAUGUGAUACAGCAGUUUCAGCAGUUACACCUACAACAGCUACAACGCCUGCAAUAGCGACAAUACCUACAGUUGCUGCAACACCUACAAUAGUCACAAUACCUACAACAGCGGCAACACCUACAAUAGUUACAAUACCUGCAACAGCUACGACUGCGGUAACUGCAACAAUGAAGCAAGUAGACCCUACGCUCGAUGAAGCUGUAAAUUUGUUGGAAAACCUGCGCAAAGCUACACCCAGCUUGCAUGUGGAGGUGAGAAAAAUCGAGGCAAAAACCCCAAUUGCAACAACUGCACCGGUCGCAAUAGUUGAGGCACCAAACGACACCGAAAAUACGCGUCUUUCGUCCGAAGCACGCCGUGAGUGGAAAGCUCGUGCUGCCAAUAACUUAGCGAAUGAAAGCAAGUGUAUAACAUCCGCGAAGGUAUUGGACAGUUUUGAGAACCGAUUAAACGACACAAAAAUGCGGCAGCUAGUUCACAAAUGGAUUGAUAAAAUUCUUAAGCAUGAGAAGAAUGUUGAAAAACGCUUGCUAAAACUGUUUAACCGGUUGAUCGAUAUCAAAGUAUUGGAAAACUUUUACUGGAUGGAAAGAAAAGGCGAUUAUCGACCUUUGUCGGAGUACACCAACUUCAUACAACUGUUUGUGUACGCUAGCAACGGUAGAAGGGCAUCAGCACCGCCGACGCCAUUAAUGCGGGAAAAUGUGAAUAAAUUCCUCGACAAACAGCUAACCUACGCUGAUUGGCGCAUGAAGGAAACCAAUCUCCCAGUACCAAGUACUUCCGUGUCUAAAUUUUAACAUGCUCAAAGCAUUAGGGACAA